AUGGAUCAGAGCCAGUUGCAGUUCCAGAGUGGGCACCAACACCAACAUGUUUCCACAGUGCUGUGUUGCAACUGUGGGACGCCUAUUGAUGGGUCUUCCGGUAUGGUCAUGUGUUACGACUGUAUCAAGAUGACCGUGGAUAUUACGCAAGGUAUUCCACGGGAGGCCAACAUCAGUUUCUGUAGAAACUGUGAGCGGUUCUUGCAGCCACCCGGGCAGUGGAUUAAGGCUGAUUUGGAAUCCAGGGAGCUUUUGGCGAUCUGUUUGAGGAGAUUGAAAGGUUUGACCAAAGUGCGUCUGAUUGACGCCUCGUUUAUCUGGACAGAACCGCACUCCAGACGUAUCAGAUUGAAGCUGACUGUGCAAGGUGAAGCCAUGGCGAAUACCAUCAUUCAGCAAACUUUCGAGGUCGAAUACGUUGUCCUUGCCAUGCAGUGCCCAGACUGUGCCAAGUCGUACACUACGCACACGUGGAGAGCCGUUGUCCAAAUAAGACAGAAGGUGGCCCAUAAGAGGACCUUCUUAUACUUGGAACAGUUGAUCUUGAAGCAUAACGCUCAUGUCGACACCGUCUCGAUCAGUGAGUCUAAGGACGGUUUGGAUUUCUUCUACGCUCAAAAGAACCAUGCAGUCAAGAUGAUUGAUUUCUUGAGCGCUGUGGUCCCUGUAAAAUACAAGAAAUCAGAGGAACUGAUUUCUCAAGACACACAAAGUGGGUCCUCCACUUACAAAUUUUCGUACUCCGUUGAAAUCGUGCCCAUAUGUAGGGAUGACUUAGUCGUGCUCCCCAAGAAACUGGCCAAAUCGAUGGGUAACAUCUCUCAGUUUGUUCUAUGCAGUAAAGUGUCGAACUACCUACAAUUUUUGGAUCCAUCUACUUUGCAGACAGCUGAACUGUCUCCCUCAGUCUACUGGAGGGAACCUUUCUACUCGCUGGCCGACGUUUCUCAACUGACAGAAUUCAUCGUUUUGGAUGUGGAUCCAACUGCCAUAAGUAGAGGGAAAUUGGUCCUUGCUGAUAUCACGAUUGCCAGAGCAGCGGACCUUGGCGUCAACGACCAGUGCUACUAUAUCAAAUCGCAUUUGGGUGCCAUUUGUCACGCAGGUGACACGGUCAUGGGCUAUUUCGUCGCCAAUUCAAACUAUAACAACCAGUUGUACGACGCUUUGAACGGCGACUAUAUUCCAGAUGUUGUCUUGGUGAAGAAACUGUACCGUAGAAAGAACAGAAAGAAUAGAAAGUGGAAGCUGAAGAGAAUGGCCAGAGAGCAUAAGGAUAUCGAUGCCGCGGAAGACUACACUUCCAGAGCUCAAAAGCAGGAAAUGGAGCGUGCAGAGAAGGACUACGAAUUGUUUUUGCAAGAGCUGGAGGAAGAUGAUGAGUUGAGACAGAAUAUCAACCUGUACAAGAACAGGCAAUUUGCGCCAACGAAUCCAAAUCCAAACGGCGUGGAAGAGGCAGAAGAGGAGGAGGAUGCUGAUGCACCUGAAAUCAACAUCGAUGAACUGUUGGAUGAGUUGGAUGAAAUGACUUUGGAAGACUCUGAGAUGAGAGACGCCGAUAUGUGA